AUGCUAGAUGCUGGGCAAUCAGGACGCAGGAUACGGGUCCAGUGUCGGCCUUCCAUCAAGGUUCAAACUGGGGCCAUCGAGAAGUCAAGGGGGUGGGGGGUCCUGGACACGGACACGGACAUUGAGCUAGUUGACUGGAGAAUCAGGCACCGUCAAAUCUGGCCGUCCUUGCCGCCGACGGCACGGGCCGCCCCGGUAUCGCGGCAGCGGCAGCGGCAGCGGCAGCUGGAGCGACGUUGA